UGUAGAGAUAGUUAAACGUAGUUCAAGGGGAAAAGAGGAAAAGAUUUCGAGGGGACAAAUUUCCGGCGAUGUCAGCGGCGACGGCUGCUAGGGCGUGGUUGCGGCCGUCUGCAGCCGUGGGGCUCCGCGAGACGGCCUUCUUCCCAGGCAGCGCCAGCUUCGCCACUACGCGACUCUGUGUCGGACGAAGCUGCUCGGACAGAACCUUUGCAGGGAUUCAAAUUGCAGAUUCCAAUUUGAGAAGAUGCAAAAUUGUGCAUGUUAAAAGCGGGGAGUCUGAUGGACAUCCAAAAACUGAGGAUAUGUUGGUUGACGAAGAAACUCUUCAGUCUAAUUUGGACAAAGCUAUAGCGGAAGAAGAUUAUGCCCGUGCCGCAAAGAUCCGGGAUGAUCUACGCAUCCUCCAUGAGGAUGCUGAAGCUUCACUUCUCGCAGCAAAUGCACGGUUCUACAGUGCCUUCAGGAAUGGAGAUAUUGCUGCGAUGUACUCUAUCUGGGCUAAGGGUGACCAUGUGUAUGUAAUACACCCUGCUGCAGGUCGAAUAUCUGGUUAUGAUGUGGUCAUGCAGAGCUGGGAGAUGGUUUGCAAUGCAGAUUAUGAGUUUCCACUGAGUAUUGAUCUCAGGAACAUAGAGGUUCACAUCCGUGGCAACCUUGGUUACGUCACAUGCUUGGAGGUGGUGAAGAACAAAGGAAGAACUUGGGGAAAGCAAGUCGCCACCAACAUCUUCGAGAAAGUUAAUGGCACAUGGCUGAUAUCUGUUCACCAUGCUUCGCACAUCGAAGAAUGAAAGGCACGCGCACACACUUGGUGACCUGGGAUCGAAUUUUUGAGAGAUAGACCACCAUGUACAAUUUUGAGAAUUUCUUUGUACUUAAUGGAAUUAUUAUGUAUUCUGCAUCUAUAUUCCUUAGGAGGCUUUAGUUUUCGAAGUGAUUUUGCCUUCAUGUUUUAUUUUCAUAGUUCCUGGUAUGUUGUCAGAUGGACCAUGUAUGAGUUGAUUGGUAGUUUAAAAUUAUCUGAUGGCAAUGGCUAUGGACUUGGCUUGCAAGAAUCACAUUUCAUAUCCAAGCUACUUCAUUGUUUUGAUGGCAAUGAGUAUGGACUUGGCUUGCAAGAAACACAGUUCAUAUCCAAGCUACUUCAUUGUUUUGUCA